AAACGUACCUUGUGCAACUCUCUGGUUCAAUUUCGCAUCGGGGCUUCUGCCGCGAUGUCGUCCUCCGGAAUGUCCUUCCUCUAUAUGACGAGGACCAUCCUUCGCGCCCCGCCUGUUCGUCGAGCCACCGCCCUCCGUACACUGAGCACCACACCCUGCCGCCUGAAGGCCAGCAGCGAGAUCCCCUUCGAGCACGAGCUCGCCGACCAAGACAUCCCCCACGAGGAGCAACCGACCGCCCCUCGAGGCACCAUCACCCCAAGCGAGCGCCAGAUCUUCGAGCGCAUCUUUGCCGACAUCCGCGCGCGCGGCCUGCAGCCCAGCAUCAAGGACGAUGCCGAUGCCAAGCAGCCACCAGCGACGGCGGGGCGCUCCGCCAUGCUCAUCAUGCAGCAGGCCGCCUACGAUGUCGGCCAGUCGCGAUCUUCCACCCUCGCGGCUCCUGCAAUGCUUGCCGGUGCGGCCAGGGACCGGAGCAAGGCGCUGCUUAGGUUCCCUCCUGAGCUGCGGGCUGCGGCCAGCAGAGCGCUAAACGCUUUCGACCCGUACGAGCCCGUGGGCAAGGGCAGUCCUAGGUCUGGGGAAGCCGCUGUCUCUGGCGAUGCGGAGGAAGAAGAAGGGUGGAAGACCCCAGCGGCAUCUUUUAUGCGGACCGUCGAGGUCGAGGCGAAGCGGCUACCCGAGCGUCGUCGGGUCGAACGCGCCAUUACCGAAGCAAAGUCUGAUCAAGAGCUCUGGGAUGUCUUGGAGAAGGAAGUAUUCACAUUUCCGGCUAGAUUCGGUCUCGCUUCGACCCCAGAGCUGACGCCUUCUCCCGCGCCUUCUCCCGCGCCGACCAGGGGCCGCAAGACAAAGAAACAAAGAGAGGCAGAGGAGAGAGAAGAGGCUGCCACCGUUGCCGCCGGGGAACCGCAUGCCGAGCAAGAGCAAAAGGUGACAUCCCAGACGACCGAGCAGAAUGCACAGCCAUAUGAAGACAGGAUCCUGAUCGACGACGUCAACCUCGACACCGACAGUGCGACUCCCACCAGCACUGCGGACCCCUCCAUCCCAGCCGAGCGCAUGUCCCUCUACAUCUACGGGCCCCUGUACCCUGCAUACCUCCUCCUCGCUCUGCGCCGCCUCGACUCGGCCUUCCACCUCCCCUCGCCCCUGGUCUUCAACCUCCUCCCGCGCAUCAAGGAGCUCGGCCUCGAGUCCUACGUCCUCGGCAUCUCGACGCCCUUUUACAACGAGCUGCUCGACAUCUACUGGCGCCGCCGCGGCGACCUCCAGGGCAUGCUCGGCCUGCUCGAGGAGAUGCGCCACUGCGGCCUGUACUUUGACGAGCAGACCUCGAGCGUCCUGUCCAGCGUCCGGCAUGAGGCGCACGAGCUCAGCACGGCCCGCCUGCUGGGCGGCGGCGCCAGGAAGAGCGACUGGGCAAAGGGCGGGUUCGCCGCCGCCGUCAUGCACAUGCCCGAGUACGAGCACUCGGUGCGCGAGCGCAUACGGCACUGGCAGCGCGCCGUAGACAUUUCGAUUGCCGAGCGGAGAGGAGACUUUAGCAACGCGCCUGUGUCGUAGAGAGCCAGGCGAGAGUUUUGAAAUACCACCAAUCAUCGAUUUGUGCGUCCGUGGCUGUGCAGACCUCGACGGGCGCAUUUAGACGCAGCGAGGGAGGCCAAACACAGGCAUACGCUGUGCGACAAUUUCAAAACUGGAAAGAGUGGUAAAUAUCACACCAGUGAGCACGUCCUGGGGAAUUGAAGCAUAUCACGGAAGAGCCAUCAAAAAGAUGGGGGACGCAAAGAGGCCUUAGCAAGCCACUGUAAGAAAGGUCGAUUAUACCAACACCAUGUCACGCAAAUGUACUCUACCAGCGGAACAAUUCCGCGUGUCCAUAGAUAUUCCCCGGAACACUGUACAUAAUACGAAAUGCAAUGCAACGUCAUGCCAAGU